GGUGUAGUAACAAAUCAACAACUUUAAUGCCAAAAAUAAAAUUUUUAAGUUUAAUUUGUUUGACAGCUUCUUUUUGUUUUUUAUUAUAUUAUAUUUAUUCUACUAAUUUUAAUGAUGAAUUACAAAUUUUGAGAACUCAAUUUGAAUUAAAAAAUCAACAAAUUUUAAUUUUGAAAAAUGAAAUGGCUGUACUUUAG